AUGCCUAUGUUCAACAACAAACGCUUGAAAUCUGAAUAUGAAGCGAAUGAGCAGGAUGAUAGUGCUAUGAUAGAUGAUAGCAUUCUUGACAAUCUCAAUCCGAUCUCUGUUCUGGAUAAUGUUGCUGCUUUAUUUGCAUCUGAUGGCCGCAUUGAAGAUGCUUACGCUGACACGCAUGUAGAAAAGCCGACCAAAACUCAAAGCGCAAAGGCUCUGAGCAGCGCGAUCUCAAAGAAACGAGUACUUGGAGAAUGUAGUAAAUGUCAGAAACCAGUAACUGCCGGUGCACGACAAAUGCAUAUGUUCUUCCAUUUGGCCAAAGAUCAUGGAACAUUCCGAUUCCGCUGCCUUUUCGAUGGAUGCACUGUUGAACACUAUCGCAAAGACCAAAUGGAAAACCAUCAGUCGAAAAUUCAUGGCAAAAUUGAUCCUGAAAUGAUGGAGGACAGAUCAUUGGAGCUCUUUCAUCGAUGCCAGGUUUGUUGAUC